CGAAAAUGAGCGAAGAUUCUCCCAGGUCUCUAGCUCGGCGCCAUCGGCGCGGAUUGACGCGUAGCGCUGCAGCCUGCCAGCGCUGUAGGAGGCGAAAGCAAAAGUGUGACGGCAAGGCCCCGAUAUGCAGUCCCUGCGCAUCGGUGGGUGCCGAAUGUAUUCCGUCAGAGCGCUUGGUGGUCCAGCAGGUCAGCGAUACUCGCGAAUGUGACGCGCUUCGGGCGCGUUUAAAUGCACUGCAGUAUCGCUACGAUGACCUGCUUCGAGAAUUCGAGCAGAUGCGUAUGCAGCACAGCACUGUCUCUGAUCCACCAAUCUUGGCACCGAACACAUUGAGCAAUAACAAUGGCUACGUCGAUAUUAGACCACAUAUCAAUGGUCACUCGCCCGUAGGGUUGGAUUCCCGAUCAUCUAGCCGCAUUCUUCGGCCCACCUUCUCCCAGCGAGCUCAAGCAAAGGGCAUGAAUCGAAGUGCCCUUAGUAGUGCAUGGGAGCUGUGGGGAGAUGAUAUGACACCCGUAAAUGCCACAUCACAAGCGGUCAACCUGCCAGAACUCGAUCGAGCUGCAUACGAGGACCUCGUGGAUGUCUUCUUCACCUAUAGAUUCCCUUACCUACCAGUGCUUCACCGACAAAGCUUUGUCGGUAAGCAUUUAUCUCCGUUCCUUGGAGGUUCCAACGUUAGCCCUGUGUCCACAUUCAUGGUCAACAUCGUUUGCGCCAUUGCAGCAGCCGAAAGGUCCGGUGUCAGGCCAGGUCAUAAUCAAAUUCAUCGACUGUUUUUCGAAGCAGCAGUCAAACAUCUGUCCGUCAUCAUGUCAACCGACGACUUUGAUUGCAUCCAGUGCCUACUGCUUCUCUGCAUGUAUGGCCAUAACGAGCCGCAGUCCGUCAACAUGUGGUAUACCAUCGGCAUGGCACUUCAGUUGGCUAUCGGAAUCGACCUUCAUCGCAAAGAGAGUUUGUCUGGUCUAGACAGUCUGCACGCGGAAAUGGUUAAACGUGUGUUUUGGAGCACAUAUGUGAUGAACUGCAGCAUGGCCAUCAACAUGGGCCGACCGUUGGGGAUACAAGAAUCCGAUAUCACGACUCCACUGCCGCUCCAAUUGACUGACGACCAGUUGAACCUCCCCCAAGCAGUUUCUAAACCGAUAGAGACCUUGAUACCACAGACAACUGACACGUCGACAUUCAUCCAUAUCAUCAAACUGCGCCGUCUGAACGCAGCUAUUUACCAAGAAUUCCAUUCAUCUGGCAGCGCUACUACCCAGCAAGAGGAGCUCCGCAAGCGCCGGGACUCGUACUUUUCAGAGCUCAAUCACUGGUUGAUCACGGCGCCCAGAUACAUCGGUACUGCGUGCACCUUUCAGUCCAUGGAAUGGUUCCAGAUCGCCUUCCAUCACGCCGUCUUAUUUCUCUACCGACCCUCCCGCGCUGCUCCCAUGCCUUCAUCCAGCGACCUGCGGGUGUGCACCGAGUCUGCAAUCGGCUUGAUCAGCUCAUACAGUUCGCUCUACGCGAGGAACAAAAUUAAAUAUACAUUUGUUGCUAUCCACUCGCUGUUCAUGGCAGCGGUCACCAUGCUCUACGCCUUGCGAGCCUCUCCCCCACUUCGACAGGAACUCACCAAGCCUGUCGUACAAACUAACGUUCUUACAUUCCUGACCUUGUUCCGGGGAAUAUCCAACGGUCGGGUAGUUGGCGAAAAAUGCUCCAACAUUGUCGAACGACUGGGAAAUGCGAUUCUCACUCUGUUUGACGAUGUAUCAGCUUCUGAUAUUGUCAUGGAUACCGAAGUGGACACCGAGUUUCAGUCAUGGUUCGGCCUUCAGACUCAUACAGCAGCGCCUUCAGUGACGCAUCCAGCACCCAGCGAAGAUGCUCAUGGCGUAUCUCCGCAUUUCCCUGAUGUCCGGGUCGACAUCCCAUGGUCUGAUUUGUUUAUCGAGGGGAUUGAUAUUGGAUCUACAAAUUUCUGGAAUAUUUUGUCCUAG